AUGUCUUCACGUCCCGCUCAACAGUCGCCGCCUCCCGUCGGAACGCGCAUCGAUGAUGGCGCAAUAGAGCUUACAUCCGUCCUGGGCUAUGGUGGCUACGGUGUCGUCUACCGCGCAGUCGACGUUAAUCACAACACCUUCGCUGUCAAGUGCCUCAUCCACUCCUCGUCGCGCUCAGCACAACGACAAAGGCGCUUGCACUUGCAAGAGAUCACGCUCCACGAGCUCGUCUCCGCGCACCCCCACGUUGUCACCCUCCAUCGAGUAAUCGAGGAGGAUGGCUUCACCUUCAUCGUCAUGGACUACUGCCCCGACGGCGACCUGUUCUCGCAGAUCCUUCACCAUCGGCGGUAUCUUGGCCACGACGCGCUCAUCAAGCACGUGUUCCUGCAGUUGCUAGACGCCGUCGGCUACUGUCACGCAAUGGGCGUCUACCACCGCGACUUAAAGCCGGAGAACGUCCUGUGCUUCAACAGCGGUCUCCGCCUCGCGCUCACCGACUUUGGGCUCGCGACCACCGACCGCACCAGCGAUGAAUUCCGCACUGGCAGCGUGUACCACAUGAGUCCAGAAUGUCAGGGCGGUGCUUUCGCGCCUUCCGGGUCGUACUCGCCUCCUUACAACGACAUCUGGUCGCUGGGCAUCAUUCUGCUGAACCUCAUCACCGGAAGGAACCCAUGGAAAUCCGCCAGCGCGUCCGACCCGACGUUCCAGGCCUAUCUUCAAGAUCCCGUCGGCUUCCUGCCGUCCGUCUUGCCCAUCUCGGACGAGGUUAACGAGAUCAUGCUGCAAACCCUUGACGUUAAUUGGCGCUCGCGCAUCACGCUGAACGAACUUCGCGAGGCGAUCAAGGGUGUUCACACGUUCUACGCCGAGGACGUCGUAUUCGAAGGCAGCAUGGCACGCUGCGCGUGGGAAGUUGGCGUCGACAUCGGCGGCGAAACUGAGCCGGAGGUCAUCGACGAGAAAUCUGUACCCAUCCCCGCCAACGUCGCACAGCAAGAGCCGGUGCACUCAGUCAUCCAGUCCACCUGGAGCGCCGACUCAUCGGGCUCGCCCGACCUCGACUUCGCUGACGCUGCUGAGGUCGAGAACGACUUUGAGGAUGGCGACGAGGCUGCGUGGGCUGUGUACGAGCGUGAAGCGCGCUGGAGUCGCGACGACACGAGCCUGCGUUCCAGGACACCGUCGAUGAUCUCGGCUUCUGGAGACCCCGCAACGCCUUUGUCCCACUCGUUCUCGAUGUACUCUCACGCAAGGACAAGUUCCUACGCCUCUGCUCGCCCGGCCGGGUCGCCCAUGCUUUCUGUGGACCCCUUCUCCAAAGCCGGUGGAGAGAGCUUCAUUGGUGGCGACCUCGACGCCUCGACCAUGCAUACCGCACCGGAGAGUCCGAGCAUCUACGCAAGCUCGUUCUUCAUCCCCAGUCCCGUGGAGGCUAAGGGGCCUCAUCCCUUCCAGGCGCCCUUCGAGGUCAAGCUCUCCGCGUAUGAGUACACGCGCGAAGACAGCGUCGGCUGGGCGCCAACGGCCAUGCACACUCGCGCCCCUGAGUCUGCCGCGCGCGAUGAGCUCCCGGAUAUGGAGUUCCACAUCUCUCCGCCCAUCUCUCCCCUAUCGAUGUCCCCGGGGAGCCCCAUCGUGGUCGAUAGCCCCUCAGAACAGCGAACGGUCUGGCCAGGGCCGGCGCACUCCUCCGCCCCGAGCACGCCGUCUACUCGCCUGCCGUUCCCCAUUUCCCCGCUGGCGUCGAGCCCGGCAUCAUACCGCGUCGCUCCGCCACACCGUGAAAAUAAGCGCUCGACCCACUUCUUCCUUCCCAUGCGCUUCGUCUUUUCGCCGACGCGCGCGCUGCUCCCUCCGGCGCCCGGACCGGCACCAACCGUACCCCUGCCGCCGACACCAACUCCUCGACGCGCUACGAGCCCCGGCCCGUCGUCGCGUCUUGUGCUUCGCAUCCCGCGCACGCCUGAGGCCGAGCCGGAGUCAAUGGCUGGCAAGCCGACGCGUACCCGGCGCAGGACGCCGCUCCGUUCCGCACGCGACUGGUGGCUUGCCGGCAAGCGAUUCGCGGCCGCGGUCGCUGCAUGA